GACUUUCUGUGCCUUUGCCACUUCCGAUUUCUACCGGAACUGGGAACAGGGGAGCCUCUAGCCGGUGAAAUCUAUAGUAUUUUCCCUCCAAGUGUUAGGAGACAAAGUAGGGAAAGGAUUUUGGGGGGACACGCCUUUUCCCCUGGAAAUGAAGGCCUCUCAGAGCACCUCUACUGGGGCAAAGGUCAGUUCUAGCCUUGAUCCCGGAAAAGACCCGAGCGAAGGAAAAGAUGGCGGCCCAAACAAUGCAGAAACACCCAAGAGCUUGGAGCCAGGAGCACCUCCAACCAAGCUGUUGAAGUUGUCUUCUGCCAAGCCGGAAGCAAGCAAGGGACCUGCAGUUUGUCUUAAGAAUGUAAAGCAAAAGAACGUUGUCUGCUUCACGGGUGAGAAGUGUUUGUUUGGUGCCAUGUGCCCUUGGCAGCAUGAUCUCGAGAAAUACAUUGCCACAAAGCUGCCGGACAUUGGAGACUGCUGCAUUCUCUUCUCGCUGUUCGGCAAGUGCCGAUUUGGGAUCACCUGCCGCUUCGGUGGGGCUCACUUGGGAUCGAACUUCCAGAACCUGGUCAACGACGAGCUGUGGGCAGUGCAUAAGGGGAAGUCGGCCGUGAAGAACCAGCAUCUGGAUAAGGCUGCUGCAGCGCUGAAGGAGUUUCCGUUUCACAAGUCCUCGGUCUACCUACAAUGCAUCGUCAAGGCCGCAAGCAUGUUGGGGAUACCCAAUGUUGAUUCCAAAUGCCAUUUGCCACCAGUAAUUCCCUCGUUAAUGCCCUCCCUGGCUCAUCCAAAGAGUUUGGCCUCCCGGGCUGGUUCUGAGAACCUGGCUCAGAAAACAGUUGGUGUCCUGACAGAUGAAGACCUUAUAAGGCUGAGGCCAUGCGAGAAAAAAAAGCUGGACUUUCGUGGGAAGCUUUAUUUAUCCCCUUUAGCAAAGUGGGGCAACCUCCCCUUUCGGAGGAUUUGCAAGCGGUUUGGAGCAGACAUCACCUGCAGCGAGGUCAUUUCCUCUCAAGAUUUGUGCCAGGGGGAUCUGGAGAAGUGUGCAGAAUUCUUCCACCGCCAUGAAUCGGAAGACUUUUUUGGCAUCCAGGUAGAAGGUUCAGCUCCCGAACACAUGGUCAAAUGCGCAGAAUUCCUCAAUGAGAGGAUCCAAGUGGAUUUUGUGGACAUUAACGCUGAAGGUCCCGUGUUGUUUGAAAAGGGCAGUGGCUCUGCCUUAAUGAUGCAUCCCAACACGUUUGAAAACAUCGUUCGUGGCAUGGACUAUGUGUCGAACGUUCCUAUAACAGUGAAACUGAGGAGCGGCAUAUCCCUGGAUGAGAAUCUGGCUCACACCCUCAUCCCCGAUCUCCAUCGUUGGGGAGCCGCUAUGGUCACGCUUCACGGACGGGUAAAAGAAUCCACAUUUCGAUCGCCAGCAGACUGGAACUACAUAUCACACUGUGCCCAGAUUGCCAAACCAAUGCCUCUUUUCGGAUGUGGAGAUAUUUUCUCCUUUGAAGAUGUCUUAAAAGCCAAGCAAACUGGCGUUUCGGGGGUCAUGAUUGGAAGGGGCGCCUUGGUCAAGCCAUGGAUCUUCACUGAAAUCAAAGAGAUGCGGCACUGGGACAUCUCUGCCCAGGAACGGCUGGACAUGCUCAAAGAAUUCACGGACUACGGCUUGGAGUAUUGGGGGACCGACACAAACGGUGUGGAGAAAACCCGGGCUGCCCUCGUGCAGUGGCUACAAUUCCUCAGCAGGUACAUCCCUGUUGCGUUACUGGAGCACCAACCUCCAAAAUUCGGCAACAAACCUCCUAAUUCUUUGUCUGGAGACUACUUGGAAGUCUUAAUGUCAAGCAGAAAGACGAAGGAUAUGGUGAAGAUCAGCGAGAUGUUUUUAGGUCCAGUCUCAUCUGACUUCAACUUCUCAUGGAUGCAAUAUAUGAACAGCUAUGAGCUGCAGCAGGACAGAAGGCAAAUGGUUUGUAAGCUGCUCUGAAUCCCCUCCGGGGUGAGAAGAGCAGGAUAUAAAUGUAAGUAAAUAAAUAAAUAAGAAUGGAGUGGCAAGCAAAUGAAGCUAGAGAAACUCCCUUAAGACUAGGCCACUAGAGGGGGGAGCAAAUGAAGCCCCAGAAAUGAUACCCUAAAACAGGAGUCCUCAAACUUUUUAAGCAGAGGGCCGGUCCACAAUCCUUCAGACUAUUGAGGGGACGAAUUAUCAUUUGGAAAAAAAUACAAAUUCCUAUGCACACUGCACAUAUCUUAUUUUCAGUGCAAAAAAUAACAAUGAAAGAACAAUACAAUAUUUAAUAAUAAAAACAAUUUUAACCAACAUAAAUCUAUCAGGAUUAAAAUUGGCAGUGUGAGCCUACUUCUGGCCAAUGAGAUAGUCAAGUUAAUUAGAAUUGCCUAGCUCACAUUGGACUACUUUCCUUGCCAGAAGGUAAUGGGGGACAUUCCUGAAAUCCAGAUACCCUACAUCAGGGGUCCUCAAACUUUUAAAACAAAGGGCCGGUCCACAAUCCUUCAGACUGUUGAGGGGCCGAAUUAUCAUUUGGAAAAAAACGAACAAGUUCCUAUGCACACUGCACAUAUCUUAUUUGUAGUGCAAAACAACAACAAUGAAAGAACAAUACAAUAUUUAAAAAUGAAAACAAUUUUAACCAACAUAAACCUAUCAGGCUUUCAAUAGGAAGUGUGUCUGAUUCUGGCAAAUGAGAUAGUCAGGUUAAUUAGGAUUGUUGUUGUGUGUCCUCAAGUCAUUUCAGGCUCUGGGUGAGCCUAAGUCUAAAAUAAUUUAUUUAUUCAUUUACUACAUUUAUAUCCCACCCUUCUCACCCAGAAGGGAACUCAGAGCAGCUGUAUGUACAUACAAUAUAUUAUUAGCAUAGCACAAUAUUAGCAUUAUAUAUUACUAUAUUGAACUAUACCACUAUACUGUAUUAUACCGUGUUUCCCGAAAAUAAGACAGUGUCUUAUAUUAAUUUUUGCUCCCAAAGAUGCUCUAGGUCUUAUUUUCAGGGGAUGUCUUAUUUUUCCAUGAAGAAUUCACAUUUAUUGUUGAACCAAAAAAAUGAACAUUAUAUACCGUACAAUAGUUGUCAUCACAAACCAGCGUAACCAGACAAACUGUGAAUCCUAUCAAUAAUUUAUUACUACCAUUACUUCCAUGUACAACAAUCUAUGGUACGUACAUUUAUCAAUCCUGCAUGCUCUGGUGUUCUGUUCAGCGGACAUGUUUCCAAACAAAAACUUUGCUAGGUCUUACUUUUGGGAGAGGCCUUAUAUUUAGUAAGUCAGCAAAACCUCUACUAGGUCUUAUUUUCUGGAGAGGUCUUAUUUUAGGGGAAACAGGGUAUGUAAUAUAUAACAUAUAAUUAAUUUUAUUAUAUAGUAUUAGUAUUAUAUGAUUAAAACUGAUAUAGAAUAUAUUAUAAAUGAGGGCGGGGGGGCAAGUAUAUAACCUUGGAGAUCCGCAUCUAGUCCCCGGGCCUUAGUUUGGGGACCCCUGGUAUUAUUAUUAGUAUUAUACAAUUAAAACUGAUAUAAAAUAUAUUAUAAAUGAGGACGGGGCCCAGGUAUGACCUUGGAGGGCCGCAUCCCGUCCCCGGGCCUUAGUUUGGGGACCCCUGGUAUUAUUAUUAGUAUUAUACGAUUAAAACUGAUAUAAAAUAUGAGGCUGGGUGCCAGGUAUAUGACCUUGGAGGGCAGCAUCCGUCCCCAGGCCUUAGUUUGGUGAACCCUGGUAUUAUUAUUAUUAUACAAUUAAAACUGAUCUAAAAUAUAUUAUAAAUGAGGGUGGGGGCCAGGUAUGACCGUGGAGGGCCACAUCCGUCCCUGGGCCUUAGUUUGAGGACCCCUAGUAUUAUUAUUAGUAUUAUAUGAUUAGAACUGAUCUAAACUAUAUUAUAAAUGAGGGUGGGGGCCAGGUAUGACCGUGGAGGGCCACAUCCGUCCCUGGGCCUUAGUUUGGGGACCCCUGGUAUUAUUAUUAGUAUUAUAUGAUUAAAACUGAUCUAAAAUAUAUUAUAAAUGAGGGUGGGGGCCAGGUAUGACCGUGGAGGGCCACAUCCGUCCCUGGGCCUUAGUUUGGGGACCCCUGGUAUUAUUAUUAGUAUUAUAUGAUUAAAACUGAUAUAAAAUAUAUUAUAAAGGAGGACGGGGGCCAGGUAUGACCUUGGAGGGCCGCAUCCCAUCCCCGGGCCUUAAUUUGGGGACCCCUGGUAUUAUUAUUAUUAUACGAUUAAAACUGAUAUAAAAUAUAUUAUAAAUGAGGGUGGGGGCCAGGUAUGACCGUGGAGGGCCACAUCCGUCCCUGGGCCUUAGUUUGGGGACCCCUGGUAUUAUUAUUAGUAUUAUAUGAUUAAAACUGAUAUAAAAUAUAUUAUAAAGGAGGACGGGGGCCAGGUAUGACCUUGGAGGGCCGCAUCCCAUCCCCGGGCCUUAAUUUGGGGACCCCUGGUAUUAUUAUUAUUAUACGAUUAAAACUGAUAUAAAAUAUAUUAUAAAUGAGGGCGCGGGCCAGGUAUGACCUUGGAGGGCCGCAUCCGUCCCCAGGCCUUAGUUUGGGGACCCCUGGUAUUAUUAUUAUUAUAUGAUUAAAACUGAUAUAAAAUAUAUUAUAAAUGAGGGCGGGGGGGGGCAGGUAUAUAACCUUGGAAGUCCGCAUCCGGUCCCUGGGCCUUAGUUUGGGGACCCCUGGUAUUACUAUUAGUAUUAUACAAUUAAAACUGAUAUAAAAUAUAUUAUAAAUGAGGGCAGGGGCCAGGUAUGACCUUGGAGGGCCGCAUCCGGUCCCCGGGCCUUAGUUUGGGGACCCCUGGUAUUAUUAUUAGUAUUACGAUUAAAAGUAAUACAGUAGAGUCUCACUAAUCCAAGCUAAACGGGCCGGCAGAAGCUUGGAUAAGCGAAUAUCUUGGAUUAUAAGGACUGAUCAAGGAAAAGCCUAUUAAACAUCAAAUUAGGUUAUGAUUUUACAAAUUAAGCACCAAAACUUCAUGUUAUACAACAAAUUUGACAGAAAAAGUAGUUCAAUAUGCAGUAAUGUUAUGUUGUAAUUACUGUAUGAAUUUAGCACCAAAAUAUCACAAUAUAUUGAAAACAUUGACUACAAAAAUGGCUUGGAUUAUCCAGAGGCUUGGAUAAGCAAGGCUUGGAUUAGUGAGACUCUACUGUAUAAAAUAUAUUAUAAAUGAGGCUGGGGGCCAGGUAUGACCUUGGAGGGCCACAUCCGCUCCCCGGGCCUUAGUUUGGGGACCCCUGCCCUUCAAGGCCUUCCCUGUAUCUACUCUUAAUGCCCAGACUACUAAGAAUGGAGUGGCAAGCAAAUGAAGCUCUAGAAAAACCCUUAAGACUAGGCCAUUAGAAGGGAGAAGGGGCAAAUGAAGCCCCUGAGGCGAUACUUUAAAACGUGAGGUAAAUAUCCAAGUGAUUUCACUCUGUUUUGACAGCCCUCACAAGGGCUUUUUCUCUUCCCUCAGUCGAGGCCUGUUCUCCCUUUUUUUGCCGCCAUUUUUUUUUCCUCAGGCAGAGAUUCUUCUUCUCGAGGAAAUUCAAGAACAUCCUCCUUCAUGUCUCCUCAGCGCUCGACUGACGAGAAUCCCGCGCGGCGUGAUGUCCUCAGCGUCAUUCCGCGUGGCCACGCCCCCUCGGCUAAUCUAACCAAUCGGAUUGAACCAGCUGCUUCAAUUUCAUUGGCCGCCGCUUCCCGCUCAGCCCAAGCGCCCUGGCAAAAUGGCGGCCGAAUGUUUUGCUCCUUUCUGUCAUCCGUGGAUCCCAUUUUGGGUCUUCAUCUUGCCCUUUUGGGGCCUUCUUGAAACAUGCCUUCUAUGCCAUCAUUCCAGCCGUUGAUAAAGAUGGUGACUAGCCUUUUGUUCAUUUUAUUUAUAGCAAACCUUUUUUUCCCAUUCAGUAAACCAUAACAGCCAAAUCCUAUAAUCUGGACAACACCUCCCAACAAAGGAUCCCCCCAAAUAUGAAUGUUGCAGUUGGCCAGUUUGAUUGAAUGGCCUUGCAGCUUCAGAUCCUGGUUGCCUCCUGCCUGGGGGAAUCCUUUGCGGGGAAGUGUUAGCUGGCCCUGGUUGUUUCUUGGCUCGAAUUCCCCUGUCUUCUGAGAGUUGUUCUUUAUUUAUUGUCCUGAUUUUAGAGGGUUUUUUAAAAUUGUGUUCAUUUUCAUAGUUCCCGCCUUUCUAUUGAAAAUCUGCCUCUUUUCUCAUCUGCUAGACUGAUAAAUUUAAUUAGACAGAUGAAUGAAUACAUUAAUAAACAUAGACAGAUGAAUGAAUACAUUAAUAAAGAUAAGAAAAAACUAGUACAAGACGAUGUACCAAUGGUACAUCACGCAACAAAAACUGUCCAAAUGCUAUAAAAAUCUAUCUGAUAACUGCAGGCUUUGAAGCUGCAAGGCCGUUCAAUAUACAAUAGAGUCUCACUUAUCCAAGGUUCUGGAUUAUCCAUUGCAUUUUUGUAGUCAACGUUUUCAAUAUAUCGUGAUAUUUUGGUGCUAAUUCCCCCCCAGGCAGGACGCAGCCAGGCUUUGAAGCUGCAAGGCCGUUCAAUAUACAAUAGAGUCUCACUUAUCCAAGACUCGCUUAUCCAAGAUUCUGGAUUAUCCAAUGCAUUUUUGUAGUAAACGUUUUCGAUAUAUCGUGAUAUUUUGGUACUAAAUUCGUAAAUACAGUAAUUACAACAUGACAUUACUGCGCAUUGAACUACUUUUUCUGUCAAAUUUGUUGUAUAACAUGAUGUUUUGGUGCUUAAUUUGUAAAAUCAUAACCUAAUUUGAUGUUUAAUAGGCUUUUCCUUAAUCCCUCCUUAUUAUCCAAGAUAUUCGCUUAUCAAAGUUUCUGCUAUCCUUUUUAGCUUGGAUAACUGAGACUCUACUGUAUGUAUUUUAUUCUGUAUUAUUGUAUCUAUCUGGGCUUGGCCCCAUGUUCGGGGGGAGAUGGAGGCAGGAUACAAAAAUAAAAUUAUUAUUAUUAUU